AUGCUAAGCUAUUUCCAAGGGUUUGUGCCCAUACACACAAUAUUUUACUCCGUGUUCCAUCCUACAGAAGGUUCUAAGAUUAAAUACGAGUUUCCGCCAAAUAAUUUGAAAAAUCAUGGUAUUAAUUUCAACACAUUUAAAAACUACAUCAUACCGAAGCCUAUAUUAUGCCACAAGUUGAUCACUUUUAAGUAUGGUACAUAUAGGAUUGUAUGUUAUCCUGUGACAAUCAAUUCUCCAAUAUAUGCUAGGAAUUUUUUUAGUUUUAAUUUUGUAUUUGUAUUCCCAUAUGAUUGUGAGACGUCUCCCUACGAACCAGCUAUUACUAGGCUGGGCAAAAUGUUCAAAGUUCUUGAAGAACAAAAUCAAUUGCUAUCCAAAUCGGAAAGAGAUCCAGUUUUCUUCGAUUUGAAGGUGUUGGAAAACUCCACAACAACACCCUCCACUGCAGGUCCUUCAUCCACGCCAAAUCCUAGUAGUAACACCACACCAACUCAUCCUACAUCCGAAAAGGAUACAAAGGAUAUGAGAAGCAGCAGAUACAGUGACCUUAUCAAGGAUUUGGGCCUUCCGCAAUCCGCAUUUUCCAUACAAGAUUUAUUGAUGAGAAUUUUCCAAGACCUGAAUAACUAUUCCGAAUGCCUCAUACCAAUUGAUGAGGGAAAUGCAGUAGACAUAAAGAUUUUUCCGCUGUUGAGACCACCGACAACUUGUGUCUCAUUAGAAGAUGUGCCCCUGUCGUCUGUAAAUUUGAAGAAGAUUAUUGAUGUCAACUGGGAUCCAACCAUGAUGAGUAUAGUCCCUUACAUUGAUGGCUUAAACAGCAUUGCCAAAAUUUCUAAACUAAGCAACAGUGAUCCUGGCCUAGUGAUAGAGUGCAUACGUCACUUAAUAUACUAUAAGUGUGUUACAUUAUCAGAUAUUUUCCAAUUUUCUAACAUAUACGCUCCUUCUUCAUUAAUUAGGAAUUUUUUGACUGAUCCACUAAUGGCUAGUGACUGUCAAUCUUAUGUUACGUUCCCAGAAGUGUCUAAAAUAUCGAACUUGCCCUUAAACAAAAGUCUGGGUUCAGGUGACCAAGACUCACCAUCAUUUUCUGUACGAAGAAAAUCCAAAUCAUCUAGCAUACCGUCAAACCCGGAUUCUAGAACUACAUCUUUUAGUUCUACCAGUAGAGUUUCUCAAAACUCCUCCUUAAAUUCCUCUUUUUCAUCAAUUUAUAAAGACUGGAGGCAAUCACAAACCUCCUGCUCGAGUUCAAAUAUUCAUGUCAUCAACAAUCGUAACCGAUUCCUACCAACAAGAUCAUGCCUAUUUGACCUUUAUAGGUCACUUUCACAAGGUCAAACGCUGAAAACAUGGUAUGAGUCGAAAUAUAUGAUUUUAAAAGAAAAUAACAUUGAUAUAAGAAGGUUCAUAACGUUUGGCCUGGAAAAACGUAUCAUUUACAGGUGCUACUCUUUUCCUGUAAUGAUAAAUGCAGGUUCACGUGAACCAAAAGAAAUGACACCAAUAAUAACAAAAGAUUUAGUGAAUAAUGAUAAGUUACUUGAAAAAAGAAAUCACAAUCAUUUGCUUUCAGCCACAGGGUCUAGAAAUACGGCACAAUCCGGCAACUUGAAACCAGAAAGACCAUCAAAGGUUUCAUUUGAAAUGCAAAGGGUAAGUUCGUUGGCAACAGGCAAAAGUACUAUGCCGAAACUCAGCGACGAAGAAGAAGGUAUUCUUGAAGAGUCUAUUAGGAAUGCCGAAACAUUUGAUAAAAUUUGCGUUUUACUGAGCAAGCCUAAAUUAGAAGUCGAAAGCUACCUAAACGAAUUAGGAGAAUUUAAGGUAAUUAAUAGCUGA